AUGCGAGCUCCACCACGGCCCGACUUCUUUGUGAGCUUCUUGAAGACGGUGAAGAAACUGGGUGCCACGGGGAUUCUUCUCGAGUGGGAGGACAUGUUUCCCUAUAACGGCACCUUGCGGGUUUUGCCCGCCGAGAAUCAUUAUACCCUCGAGGAAGUGACGACCAUACUGACUGCUGCGAAUGAAUUGGAUCUCGAUGUCAUUCCUCUCGUGCAAACUUUUGGACAUCUGGAAUUCGCUCUGAAGAACGAAGAGUUUAAGGAUGUUCGAGCGGUGCCGAGUGAACCGCAGGCUCUUGAACCAUCUCGUCCGGAAGCCUUGAAGUUGGUCAAAGAUAUGAUCGAUCAAGUAAUGACGGUGCAUGCCCUUUUCAAGCCCACUCACCUUCACAUCGGCUGCGAUGAAGUCUGGUAUUUGAAACGCGAGACAAACGGGUCUGCAAUCUUCGUCGACCACGUGAGCUCUGUGGCCGAUUACGUGGGGCAGAAACACAACGUAACGCCCAUCAUUUGGGACGACAUGUUGAGGGAGAUGCCAGUUGAGGAAUUGAAGCGUCUCGGACCUCUGGUGGAACCAAUGGUGUGGAGUUAUCACGAAUACGGAGUACGGGACUUGCCCAACGUGAUGUGGACGAGGUACGCCAAGAACUUCAAGACGUUCUGGGCCGCCAGCGCGUUCAAGGGAGCGGACGGCCCGGUCGCUCUGAUGCCGGAUGUCAUCACUCGGGUGAGGAAUCACGUGCAAUGGUUGAAGGUCGUCGAGAGAGUCCGACCCGAAUUUUCAUCGUUCGGCGGUUUCGCGUUGACCGGGUGGUCGCGGUAUAACCACUUCGCUGCCCUAUGCGAGCUUCUGCCGACGGGAAUCCCCUCUCUCGCCCUGAAUCUGUUCAUCUUGGAAGCUGGUCGAAUGGAUCCGACGUCAUGCGUCAGGGCGAAUAAAUUCCUCAACUGCUCUGUUUUGGCGGCCGAGAAUCAUUAUACCCUCGAGGAAGUGACGACCAUUUUGACUGCUGCGUAUGAAUUGGAUCUCGACGUCAUUCCUCUCGUGCAGACAUUUGGACAUUUGGAAUUUGCUCUGAAGAACGAAGAGUUUAAGGAUCUCCGUGCUGCACCGAAUGAGCCGCAGGCUCUUGAGCCUUCUCGUCCGGAAGCCGUGAAGUUGGUCGAGGACAUGAUCGAUCAGGUCAUGGCCGUUCACGCCCAUUUCGAGCCCACUCACCUUCACAUCGGCUGCGAUGAAGUCUGGUACUUGAAGGAACAUGGAAACGGGUCUGCAAUCUUCCUCGACCAUGUUACUGCUGUGGCCAAUCACGUGGUGCAGAAAUACAACGUGACGCCCAUCAUUUGGGACGACAUGUUGAGGGAGAUGCCAGCAGAGGAAUUGAAGCGUCUCGGAUCUCUGGUCGAACCAAUGGUGUGGAGUUAUCAAGAAAGCCGGGUGCAGAAUUUGAGCAAUGCGAUGUGGACGAGUUACGCCAAGAACUUCAAGACGUUCUGGAUCGCAAGCGCUUUCAAGGGAGCGGACGGCCCGGUCGCUCUGACGCCGGAUCUCAUCAGCCGAGUGAGCAAUCACAUGGAAUGGUUGAAGGUCUUGCAGACGGUCCGACCGGAAUUCGCGUCGUUCGGCGGUUUCGCGUUGACCGGGUGGUCGCGGUACGACCACUUCGCUGCCCUUUGUGAGCUUCUCCCCGUGGGAAUCCCCUCUCUGGCCCUCAAUCUGCUCGUCUUAGAUGGCGGUCCGAUCGACUCAAAAUUAUGCAUUAAGGCCAAGAAGCUGCUCAACUGCACGGUUCUCAAAGAAUUCAGCUAUCUGCGAAAAUAUCGGUUUGAUGAUUGCAACUUUCCUGGCAGCCGGGUACUUCAAUUGGUCGGAAAUAUGGAACACUUGCUCAAAGUGCACGAAUACGUAGUUUUCAGCAACAAAUCGAAAACCGAAGCUUGGUAUUCCGAAUACCACUCCCGGCACUCAUUCACCUCAACCAUACCGUUCCGGAAGCGGGAGAACCAAUGGCUCCUUCUCAAGAAGAAGUGGGAGAAACUGGCGAAUGAAAUCGCAGCCGAACUUCGCGCCCUCUACGGCGAGCCGACCGCGAUGGAGUUCCUGGAGCAAAAGAUUUUCCCGCGCUGGAAGGCGCUGGUCGACGUCCUGGACCUCGUGGCGCGGACGAGGGAGCAGAGGACCUGGCCGAGGAGGCCGCUUCCGCCGUCGCCGGAGAUCCGGCGCUUUCUCAAUUCGUCGAAUAUUCUUCCGCCGGAUUGA